AUGACUUCCAAGAAAGUUUUGGGAACACCUUUGAGCAGUUUUAUCUGCCGUCUCGAAUCUUGGGUCCGUGCUUACUACUUUUUAUGUCCCUACUAUGUGAUGUCUACGGGUGAAGCGAUUUCAUUGCACAUUUUCACCAUUAUUGCAGUUGCAAUAUCGGUCUAUUACACCGGAGGAUUUUUCUGCAGACUUUGGAGUAUUGUCUGGAGAAUUCUAACUAAUGACAGGUUCCAGACUGUGGUAGAUUGCACGAUAGACUGGCUAUUUUUCAAUGCAAGCACUUCUUUAUCUCACUUCACGUGGGGAAACACCACUAAUGAAUACCCAAUUGAUGUUUCUUCAGUUCAAGAAAGGCCAUGGGUUCAUUGA